GCUACAAGUAAAGAACCCUACCCUGUUAAAACAUUCCCUUCCAGAAAACGUAUAUCAUUAAUAAAAAAUGUUAAAUACUGUAGCUAGAAAUAGUAAAAACCUUAAAACUAAAUAUGGUAAUUUAAGGAAUAUUGUUAGUUUAGCAGAACCUAAACAACCUAAAGUAGUGACAGAUAUUCCUGGACCUAGAUCAAAAGAACUGCUAUCUAGAUUACGAAACAUACAGCAAACAGGGUCGGUGCAAUUAUUUGCAGAUUACGAAAAAUCCAUUGGAAACUAUUUGAUAGAUGUCGAUGGAAACAUUCUUUUGGAUACUUACACACAAAUAUCAUCGGUCCCAUUGGGUUACAACCAUCCUGCUUUAUUGAAUACUUUUAAGAAUGAGAAAAAUAUAAAAACUUUAAUAAACAGACCUGCUUUGGGAGUUUUCCCAGGUGAAAAUUGGCCAGAAAAAUUGGAAAGCAUCCUUCAAAAAGUUUCUCCUGGUUUGCCAAACCUUACAACAAUGAUGUGUGGCUCUUGUUCAAACGAAAACGCUUACAAAAACAUGUUUAUAGCUUACCAAACAAAACGGCGAGGAGAAAAUGACUUUUCCAAAGAAGAAUUGGAAUCUUCUUUGAUAAAUACACCACCAGGCGCUCCAAGGUUGUCAAUUUUAUCAUUUAAAAAUGCUUUUCAUGGCAGAACCCUCGGAGCUCUCUCUACAACUCAUUCCAAAGCCAUACACAAGCUCGACUUUCCGUCUUUUGAUUGGCCGAUUGCUGAUUUCCCGAAAUAUCAAUACCCUCUCCACCAGCACGUAGCAGAAAAUAGUAAAGAAGAUGACAGGUGUCUUGAACAAGUUGAGGAUUUGAUCGAGAAAUACAAAAAACUUAAUAACUCAGUCGCUGGUGUUGUGAUUGAACCAAUUCAAUCUGAGGGGGGCGAUAACGAGGCUUCCCCGGAGUUCUUUCAGAGGCUACAGAAAAUAUGUAAAUCGAACGAAGUUUAUUUAUUGAUCGAUGAAGUUCAAACGGGAGGAGGACCAACUGGCAAAUUUUGGUGCCAUGAACAUUUUAAUUUGGAAAGUUCUCCAGAUGUGGUAACUUUCAGCAAAAAGAUGCAGUUGGGAGGGUAUUUCCAUACAAAAGAACUAAGUCCCAAGUUACCAUACAGGGUAUUCAACACAUGGAUGGGCGACCCAGGCAAACUACUGAUGUUGGAAACUAUUAUUAACGUAGCCAAUGAUCAAAAUUUACUGAAAAAUGUGAGGGAAACUGGUGACCAUUUAAAAAAAAAUUUAAUUGAAAUUGAAAGUGAAUUUUCCCACUUGAUCAACUCUACAAGAGGGAGAGGUACAUUUUUAGCCAUCAAUGCUAAAACAACUCAACUACGGGAUCAUAUUUUGGAUAAAUUAAAGCAAAGAGGUAUUCAAAGUGGUGGAUGCGGCGACAAUGCAAUCAGGUUAAGACCUGCUCUAAUUUUCGAAACCAAACACGCUGAUAUAUUUUUGGAUUCUUUUAGAAAUGUUUUAAUUGAGCUUAACAAGUAAUUUAUCUAUUUUUAAUUUAAAGAAAAUGUUAUUUUAAAAGCUUUACUAUGGUACAAAAAUCUGUCUUCCCUUAAAAGGUCUUCCAAAUGAUUAAUUAUGUUACUUAAGUACUUUCAAUGUGUAAAUGUUUGUAUGUUAAAUAUAAAAAGGGGCCUUAAUUUAGUUGUGGGCUAAAUUGACCUUUUGGAAGUUGAAACUAGGCAACUUUAAUGAUUGGCUGUUCUCUAGGGUGAGGGCAAUAUAUUGACCCCUUACCAAAACAUAUAUGUUCUGGUAAGAGGUCAAUAUUUUUGGCCAAACGGAAUGUAACUGGUCACCAUCACAGUCGAACUUGCAUUUGACUCGAAGUAGAAGUAGGUUGUAAUUUUGGAAACAGCUUUCCUGCAGCAUGUCAUAAUAUAGAAGUAUAAUAUCGGCACAUAAACCUUCCUGCGUUCCCUCCCGGUAUCAUCAAAGAACAGAAAGUAUUACUGGAAUAUCUUCGAGAUCUAUAAGGUGCAUAGGUUCGUCAAAAAGAGCUCUUCCACAUCUGAUUCCGUUUCUCAACCAUAUCAGCAACAUCAAACUUUCUUAAAAUGAUUAAAACGAAAUCAACUUUUUCCGACAUUAUGGUAACAAAAGUUUUAGCACAAAGCAAUAAGAUACCAACAUAAAACAUGAUAUGAAAACAGGAAGAACCAAAUACCGCCUAAAGGAAGUAGGAACUCUUUUCACUUCCAUAGAGGGAACUACCCAGCUAGCAGAAGUCUGUCCUAAGGACGUCCUAAGGAAAGCCUUACAGGAUAUUGGGAUAUCCCAAGGAUAUCCUAGGACGUCCUCAGACCUCCUCAGGACAUCCCAACCACGGCCGAGUGGUGCAAAAAAGGCCAGCCUACAGACGUCCCGCAAAUGGCCUUUAGGAUAUCCUAGGGAUAUCCCUAGGUCCAUAUAGGUCCAGGAAUAGGACAUCCUAAGGAUGUCCCCUGAAAGUCCCAUGGGUAUAUGUAGGUCCAGGAAUGGGAUGUCCUGAGGACAUCCUCUAAAUGGCCUUGUUAUUUGUUGGGG